UGUCCGCAGUCUCUGGUCAUCCCCUGUACUGUGUCCGCAGUCUCUGGUCAUCUCCUGUAUUGCGUCCGCAGUCUCUGGUCAUCCCCUGUACUACAUCCGCAGUCUCUGGUCAUCCCCUGUACUACGUCCGCAGUCUCUGGUCAUCCCCUGUACUAUGUCCGCAGUCUCUGGUCAUCUUCUGUAUCAUCUCCUAUAUUGUGUCCGCAGUCUCUGAUCAUCUCCUGUACCAUGUCUGCAGUCUCUGGUCAUCCCCUUACCAUGUCCGCAGUCUCUGGUCAUCCCCUGUACCAUGUCGCAGUCUCUGGUCAUCUCCUGUACUGUGUCCGCAGUCUCUGGUCAUCCCUGUACCAUGUCCGCAGUCUCUGGUCAUCCCUGUACCAUGUCCGCAGUCUCUGGUCAUCCCCUGUACAUGUCUGCAGUCUCUGGUCAUCUCCUGUACUGUGUCUGCAGUCUCUGGUCAUCUCCUGUACUGUGUCCGCAGUCUCUGGUCAUCCCCUGUACCAUGUCCGCAGUCUCUGGUCAUCUCCUGUACUGUGUCUGCAGUCUCUGGUCAUUUUCUGUACUAUGUCUGCAGUC